CUUUAGUUUAACGAUGAAAGGAGACAGUAGCUUUUGAUUGAGUCUUUAUCCAAAAGCACCUGCCUUAGAAGGUAGAAGUCAUCCUCUCUUGGUAUUAAUUUAAAGAAUACAGCCCCGACAAAAGAGGUGACAAAAUGAGUGCUGUUAGCUGGAUGGUAGACCUUGAUAAAAGAGAGCACAAAAACUGGGUAAUGGUUGGAUGUGCCUUGAACAUAACCAAAAAUGGAAUAGUACAGUUAAUCCAAGGGAAAAUGGUAGCUUGGUACCAAUCUAUCAAAUCUAGUCCUCCUUUGCAAUCACUUCCCCCAUGUACCUGUGCACGUCACUCGUCAAAAUGUGCCACUUGUAGCGUGUGGAAGAAGGAACUUGAGCGCCUCCACAAGUCCCCACGACCCAAGAUUUGUUGGGACAAUAGUGAUAGGCAACAAUGGGGCUCUGCGACGGGGGCAUGGGAAGUAGCUAAGCUUUUCAUGCCAAUCCUUGGAACACGUAAAGGGGACAUCGCUGAUGCCAACACGACAGACCUAGGAGGACUUCUAAACCUGUUAGAGUGGUGCCCUUUUAUCAAUCCUCCAGUCAAUCGUGCAGUCUUGCGCUCAGUGCGAGACGAGGGUAGAAAUCACUGGGCCCACUCUCCAAAGCAGGACCUUAAAGAUGCAGACGUCAAAACCAUAUUCGGACAUCUCAAUGACCUCCUGAAUGAUCAAGUGUUUCGUGCUGACAAGACAGCCCAAGAGUCUUCUAAAAGCCUGCAAGAUUUGUCUCGUCAUGGACUGUUAAACGUUAGGGAGUCCGAAAUUGAAGCCUUCAAUUUGCUUCGUCAGUCGCUAGUUGCCGACCUUACAAAGUGCAGGGAUGACCUAUCUAAGAUGCAAGAACGAGGUGAUUUCAACAGAGAAGAAAUUGCGAAGGUAAGGGAGCAACAAGUGGAGCUGAGAACAGAGUUGCAUGAAGAUCAACAAAGAGUUACUGAGCUAGAUACCAAAAUAAGAAGAGCAGAAGAAUGUUCAGAGAAAGAGAUAUCCAAACUAAAAGAACAAGCUCGAUUGCAUGGAGAAGAAGUUGCCAAAAUUUUAGAGCAACAGAAUAAUGUGGUGGAGGAAGCUUUAGACCUUGAAGCGAAAAUGUCCACGAUGCUGACAGCUGUCGAAAGUUUCAAUAUCUCACUUAAAAGGCGGAAUGAUUUGCAGGGUGCCUUAGACGUUAUUAGCGAGGAUCUGGACGAUGUAAAAAGUUCUAUGCGUAACGUCGUAAUGGAACUAAACACUACACAAUGUAAAGUGGCUGACUUAGAAAACAAUUUCGAAAGGAUCAAAUCUGAAGUAAAGGAAGUGAAAACUGAAGUAGAAAUGUUAAAAGAGAAAUCCCAAACAGAACAGAGUGGGGAAGGUAUGGACGUAAUUUGUGCUGCGCCAGAGAGAUUACAAGAGUUCACUGGUCGUGAGAACGCGCUGGUCUGGUUAGAAAAAAAAAUAGUCCUGGAUCAGAAUCCUGAAAGUCUACCCAAAACAUCAUGCUGCACCAAAACAAUCUGUGGUCUCGGAGGAUGCGGCAAGACUUCGCUGGCGGUAGAAUUUGCCUGGAGAUGGAUGAAUCACUUCACAGGUGGAGUGUUCUGGGUUAAUGGGGAAAGUGAUGAAAAUGUAAGUAAAUCAGUUGCCGAGAACCUUGCUCUCUUAAAUGUGGUUGUUUCGUCAAGAGAGAAUGUGGAUGAUUCCCUAAACAGAUUUCUGACUCUACUAGCCUAUGAAAAUCGCCCCUGGCUUCUCGUAGUAGACAACGCAGAUGAGUUAAGAAGUCCAAAAUGUCCGGCAGGUGUUGAGAAAAUAUUCAAAGGGCCUUGGCGAAGAAACGCAAGAGCUCCUAAGAAUGGACACAUCCUGUUUACGACAAGAAAAAAUGCAAACGAAACCGCAGCGUUCUUGAGGCUGUCCCCAAAUAACUGUCUAGACCUGGAGUGCUUCAGUAAUGAGGAAGGUGCCUUGUUCCUAAUUCGAAGAACAGGACUUGAAGGGGACUCGCUCUACCAAGGAGCAAUUGAUUUGGCAAAAGAAUUAGGGGGUCUUCCGUUAGCCCUCGAGCAAGCAGCCGCUUACAUAUCUGCUCUUCCUACUUUGAUUACCUUCAAAGAUUACCUUGACAAGUAUCUACAAGUUAAGCUGCGUCUUCUACAACAGAAGCCGGUAACCGCCCUAAGUAUAGAAGCACAGCAACGUCUGUCUGUACACACCACGUGGGAAAUGAAUUUUUCAUUCGUGAUUGGAAAAUCGCUUGCUGCUGCCACCAUGAUGCGCAUUGCAUCCUUUCUAACGUCUGAAAGUAUUCCUAUAGAAGUCAUAAAUCCUGGGCUUCCUGCACUGAAUCAAGCAGAAUUGAGAGAGGCUGCGCGUUCUGAGAUUGAUAUUGCUAACAUCCUAGAGGUACUGACCUGUUAUUCUCUUUUCUCGGUGGAUCAGCAUAGCAGGAUAUUUGGCGUCCACAAACUUGUUCAAGAGGUGGUUCGAGAUAGCCUAAGCGAAUCACUAAAGGUAGAGACUUUGGUCGCGGCUAUGCGCGUUCUUCACUGCGCUUUUACAAAGAGAAGUAAACAUUGUGCAAAGUUAACACUAAAUGACAGCCUUGGAGACUUGUUGGAAAUGAAAGAAGAGGAUAAAAAUAUUCUCAUCACCCUUUUAUUGAAUUUCCGGCAGUUGAAGGAUCAUAUGAAGACACAGAUCAAGUCUUCAGAGGGAAAUUUUGUCCGUGUCCUUUACAGAGAUGAGACCUUCUUUCAAUUGUACUCAUUUGUAGACCGCUUGGUGGGGCCGAACAUAUACUUCAGUAGACUGAGAACCGAAUUCGCAGAUUUCUUAUUACAAGUACAAAAAAUACAUUCUGACGGUGAACCAAAUAUUUUGAAUAUGAUGGUGAAAGCAAGUGUCAGUAAGAGAAAUUGCUUAGACUUACAAAGUUACAACGAGUCAAGGACUCUGGCUGACGAAGCCGUGCAGAAACUCCUUGAACUGGAGGAGUCUGGUGCCAUCAUCGAAGACGAUACCAAAUAUCGCGUCCUUCAGCACAAAGCUUCCUUUUAUGCCUCGGAAGGAAAAUGGGAGGAAAAUUACAAAGCAUUACUAGAACUUGAGAAAUUGAGGCUAAGUGCUGGUUGUUUUGUAGAGCUUCAAUUGUUGACGGGAAGAGCAGAAAACUUCCAGUCCUCUUGUAAUUUCAAACAAGUUAUGAAACGUUAUCAGAAAGCCUUGAAACGUGCCAGGAGUAUGCAUCCUCCAGAUAAGCCCCUGGUGUUACGUGCUCUUCAGUACAUCGCUUGUCAUCUCUUCAACGAGGGUAAGCUUCUCGAGGCUAAGCCAUACGCUGACGAAAUGUUGGAAAUUAGCACGUUAAUGCCACAGGACUCUGAUUUUUACAUAAGAGGAAUGAACGGCGCUCUAAUGAUACUCAGCCAUUUUGAAAACCAGAAGUCAGAAGACAUCCUGUUAAAAAUCCUGGAAGAGAGAUGGCCACAAAUACACAGUGGUGUGAUUAACGGUCGCUUGGAAACUAAUGCAACCAUCACUGAGGAUGGUAGCGAUGACCACGCAUGUCAAGUUUUGGAUCAGCUAUUUGAUUGCAUGAGAAUUUCAAUGAUGACAAAACAAGGACACCGUGGUGCUUUCUCUUUAAAGAGGAGAGAAAUUUUCUUGACAGUAGCACAAAUCUCAUUGGAAAUUCGGAAGAAAUUCUGCGGUGAGGUUCAUCCACAACUAAUUGGAAAUUAUGACGCUUUGAAAGAUGCAUACGGUUUCCUAGGAAAUAGUGUGAAGGCAAAGGAAUGUUUUGAACUGAAGAAGCAGUGCCGAACACGAACAACAACACAAGCCAACCAAGGCUUGCCGCCAAUUAAUAUCAACAUAUACAAUGCCCGAAGUCUGAAAGAUGCUGGCAACAGAUUUUUCAAGGAGAAAGAUUAUUCUGAAGCACUUAAAUGUUACACUCAAGGUUUAAUUCUAUCACCAAACGAUGCCAAGUUGCUGAGUAACAAGGCUGCAACAAAUGUGAAACUAUCGGAGAGGCAAUGUUCAGUGGAUGAUACUCGGAAAUACCUUCGAGAGGCCUUACAUGAUUCAAAGAAUGCAAUAGCAGCAGAUCCUUCGUGGGUGAAAGGGUAUUAUUGGAAGGCCCUCUGCCUUGCUCAUCUUGGCGAACGAGGUCCCUCACUUGCUGCAGCUGCUGUUGCUCAGAAUCUGUUUCCGUCUGAGUGCCCAAAAAUUCCAGCAGUGGUUGAUCGCUUUGGAACUUGUAACCUACAGAUCGUGAACUCAGUGCAGGACCUUCAAACCGCAACUGAGAAAACAGACACCCUGAAUCUAGUGAUUGUAAUGAAAGAAGGCAAGUACCAGCUUCCAGAGCCCUUGACAAUUCCCGAAAACGGCGUUGUCGUUGGUCUUGGCGAAGUCCAAGUAAUGUGCUCUAAAGGUGUUCCACUUAAGUUUGAUACCAGCAUUUAUAUGGAGAACAUUGUAAUGACGCCGACAAGUGAGACUGCUUCAGAGGUGAUUCGUCUGGCCACACCCUCGGACAGCGACCCCACAAGCGAUGAAUGCAAAGUGAACUAACAGUCCUUUGAUACCUACUUUGUGUAAUGCCUUGAAACUUUAUAGGUUUUAAUUGAGUACCGUUUAGCGUAGAUUUAUGAUAAAGGGCUCUUCAAUUGUUCAGUAAUUCAUGCUGAGGACGAUAGACAAAUUUGCAAUUAACAAGCCCUCUCUGUCGCUAUAGAUUUAGAACACUUCAGUUAAGGAGUAAAGGUCGUGAACUUAUGACGAUAGGGUUGUCUUGCCCCUGGAAAAAUUAACUCAGAAUUUUCUACUGAACGAAAGCAAGCACGAUGUAACAGUGAGUGUUUAAAAAUAUUAUAAUACUAAUAUAGUGGAGCAGCAACAGAGGAAACGUUCAGUGCCGAAAUCUAGUAAACGUUCGAAUUGAGCCUAUAUUGAACAAUGUUAGAUUAUGAAUGGAACGAUUAUCACAAAAACAACGUUUUAUAUUUCUAGACGUUCAAUUCGACUUUGGUGUCUCUAUUUCUUAGUAACCGGUCAUUAUCUAUAGCCUAGGAGUCAGGGGAUAUUGAUUAUUGUGUCACAAUCCCCCUGUUAAGGUGGCUGAACACAGUUUUUGAUACCAGUGUUUCAUUCACCAUUUUCUCUUUAACCCUUGAUCUCUCGGUCAC